UCAACAUCUCUCUCUCUCUCUCUCUCUCUCUCUCCCCUGUCGUGUGUUUACUUCUCAGUGGUUAUGGUAAAGUGGGGUGAGGUUAGGUUAGUUCUUUAUGUCAUGUUGUACCAAUUGGGUUAUAGUUGAUUCUGACGCUCGAAUUCUUGAUCAAGUCUGACUUUGAUGUAUGUAUGUAUGUAUGUAUGUAUGUAUGUAUGUAUGUUUGUGGUGGUUUAGUCAGAUGCAUUUCGGGUUAGGACAACUCUUUGUUUUAACCAUUGUUUUAUACGUUCUAUUAUUAUGUCAUUUAUUACAUGUGCUUGUAAUUUGAAUGUCUCACAGAAGAACCUGUCCUCUUACCAGUUACGUCGGAAUUUAGCCGUUUGCCCGUAUGGCCGAAAACUGACGUAAUUUGAAAAUAAACAAAAAAUUCAAAAUAAAUUGGGAAAUUUUUUUCCGAAACAGUAAGUUAAGAGUCCUCUGGUAGGUUAAGAGGGCAGGAAAAUCUCCUAAAGCUUCAAAACAUCAUGAAAAACGUUAAUUGAAAGUUUGCUCACUUAACCAAACAGACUAAGUUCAAGGACCCCAGACAGAAAACGGGAAAAGCAUUACCCUCGUGAGCCGAUUUAAUUUCAAAUUACGUCAGUUUUUUUUUUUUUUUUUUGCCAUAGCGCGAAAUGCGACGUUAUUUUGAGAGGACGGGUUGGCGUUAGCGAAGUCCAUGUGCGUUACUUCUACCGUGAGUCCUUUGUCUGAAUAGCUGGUUACUUUUUCGAAAAAUCUGAGCGGGACUGUUAUGCAGGAUACAUUUGUAACAAAACUCUAUUGCGUUGAUUUCAUUCCAUUGUUCACAGUGAGAUUGUGAAUGAUUCCUUCCUUUUCGGAUUCUCUCCAUAAGCUUUGUAAAUAUGCGAGGUCAGGCUUAUUAGAUAGUAAUUUUCUCCCUCACGUUCUCAUGUCACCCCACGUCCUAACUACGGGCUCACCAUAGCCCGUGCUACUUUGAACUUUUUGUUUCAAGUAGCGAAUCUUUUAACAACAACAACAACAACCCGCGUCCUCAUUACAUUAGUGUUGUAAUGUUGUAAUAAGACUUAGUGUUUUCUCCUGACGCGUCUGCUGGGUCGUUGAGAGCCGCCGCCUCCCUGGCUCCCAGACAUAUCCCAGCCAGGAUGUUCUUCCUGACAUUAGCUAACCUCUGACAUUCACCCGACGUUAGCAGCGUGAACACUUAGCUUUUGUCGGUGCUUUCAUCAGAGCCUCAGGCGUGGCCAGGUGGCAAUCACCCCCGUGACUCAGUCGUUGGCCACGUUACAACCGCCUCUGUGAUUCCCUCGGUGCUUUCAUCAUAUUAAAACGAAGGCUCAAUUGAAGAUGUGUGCACCACUCGAUCGGUCAGGUUAAAGCCGCCACUGGAUGGGUGACUGUGAACUGCCUUAACCUUGGUGUUGGGAAUAGAACCAAUCAACUGCGGGAGGGUUAUUGAGUCCACCACAAUAGCUUAUUAUUACUCAGUGCCAAGCUAUUUUACAGAGAAAAUAAGUAGAUACUUAAUGUACAAAAAGAGUUGAGUGUUACAUCAGUUCUGUCCAGCAUAAAGACCUACACACUACUGAGGUUCUCUACAUGGAUACCUGUUGAAGACACGAGAGGCUGUAGAGGAUGAGGGCGUGGACACUACUGACGGUGGUGAGCCUGGUGGUGGUGGUGGUGCUGCAGCAGCCGUGCCAGGCACAGAUUCAGGUCACCCCGGAGCUCAUCGCGGGCAUCAUCAAAAAACUGGUCAGCUUAUGGAAAAAUGGAGAGUUGGAAUUCAUGGGCCACACCUGCAAGUACAGCUACAAACCCAGAAUCAGCAGUUGGCGCCUAUACUACAUAGGAAAGAUGUGGUGUCCGGGUUGGGCCUCCUUCUCUGGCGAGUCCAAAACUAAGAGUAGAACAGGAUCCAUCGAGCAAGCCACCAAGGACUUCGUCCGGAAAGCCGUAGCGAACAAUCUUAUUACUGCUGAAGCUGCUGGAGAUUGGCUCAAUUAACAGUGUGGAGUUUAGUAGAGUUUACAAUUAAUAGUAAUUCAUAAAGAGUUUAAGACAAGGAACUCGGCAUUCAUACCAUAAGAAUUGAUCGUAUGAAAUAUGAUCCUCUAUAUGAUCCAACAUUCAUGCGUUUAUAAACAGAGGCCAGCCAAUGUUCCUACAAGCAAGCACACCUUGACUAUCGUAUGCUAUCGUAAAAGAACAACUUUACAGGUUUCUGGUAACAGCAUAAUUUUGGUGAGUAACGCAGCCUUAAGAGAAGCUCCAUUCAGUAUAUUAAUUAUGAUGCACAAUAAAUUGAGGUCAAUUAUAGUUAGCAAAGUAGAAGCAAUUAACAUGCAGUACAGACUCCAGUUUUCACUGUAAAACAAACAGUAUUCUCCAGUGUUAAUUAAAUUUGAUUAAAAAUGUAUUUGCAAUAUUUGAUUCCUCCUCCUGC